AGCAAUUUAACGGACCGGAAGUGAGUUGUCAGAACCGGAAAUGGAGACUGCCGGAUUAGGAAGCUAGGUGUUAAAAUUUACAACAGUAGAUUUGGAUGACAUAAAGCUAAAUUUAAAGACAGGGAUUUCGCUGUUUGCCAGCUGACCAGCCCAUUGAUCAGCAAAAUGAGCAGUGGAGGAACGGUGGAGAGUGUUAAGCCUCCAAAGCUCGGCUCGGUAGUCGAGGUCACUGGGAAGGGCCAGCGAGGAACUGUUGCCUACAUCGGCGCCACCCUCUUUGCGACGGGGAAAUGGGUCGGCAUCAUCCUGGACGAGCCCAAAGGGAAGAACGACGGCGCGGUGCAGGGCAAGCGCUAUUUCACCUGUGAGGAAAACCAUGGGAUAUUCGUCAGAUCGUCCCAGAUCCAGGUGGUGGACGACGGCUCCGGGGCCACCUCCCCAGAGGCCCCUGAGUCCGGCGUGGCAAAGACACCCAAGCUGAAAGACAUUUCUGAAACUCCCAAAACAACCAAGCAGACUCCAGUGAACUUUAAGAAGUCCUCUACCCGCCGUUCCGCAAAGUGGAGCAUUCCACGCCUAGCACCCGCCACCUCCCUCCCUUCCCUCCUGGCCCGCCCCCCUAGUCGCUCCAGUCUGAUGCUCCGGGCGUCUCGUGAGAGCCUUUCGUCCUCUCUGUCUGGAGAUGUCAGCGAGACGAGCCUGUCCUCCCAACAGGGUGCGCUUGGGGCUCCUGUCACCCCGCAGCCUAGUGGGUCUCCUCCUCCUGCUGCUCUGGUGCCAGCCACUCCCAGUAAGAUGGAAUCUGUCGUGUCCAAACAGGAGGAGGAGUCACUGCGAGCUCAGGUCAAGGACUUGGAGGAGAAGCUGGAGACUUUGAAGAUGAAGCGGACGGAGGACAAGGCCAAGCUGAAGGAGCUGGAAAAAUACAAAAUCCAGCUGGAGCAGCUCCAGGAGUGGAGGACCAAGAUGCAGGAGCAGCAGGCCGAGCUGCAGAAGCAACUGAAAGAGGCCAAGAAGGAAGCGCGGGAGGCCCAGGAGGCCAAAGACCGCUACAUGGAGGAGAUGGCGGACACUGCAGAUGCCAUAGAAAUGGCCACGCUGGAUAAAGAGAUGGCUGAGGAGCGAGCAGAGUCGCUGCAGGUGGAGGUGGACUCGCUGAAAGAGAAGGUGGAGGAGCUCUCCAUGGACUUGGAGAUCCUGAGGCAUGAGAUUUCAGAGAAAGGUUCAGAUGGAGCAGCGUCCAGCUAUCAGGUCAAACAGCUGGAGGAGCAGAACAGCAGGCUGAAGGAGGCGCUCGUCAGGAUGCGGGAUCUGUCUUCCUCUGAAAAACAGGAGCACGUGAAGCUGCAGAAGCAGAUGGAGAAGAAGAACACAGAGCUGGAGACUCAGAGGACUCAGAAGGAGAAACUGCAGGAGGACCUCAAACAGGCCGAGGCCACGAUCGAUGAGCUGAAGGAGCAGGUGGAUGCAGCUCUGGGCUCGGAGGAGAUGGUGGAGACCCUAACAGAGAGGAACCUGGACCUGGAGGAGAAAGUCAGAGAGCUGAGGGAGACGGUCACCGAUUUGGAAGCCAUCAACGAGAUGAACGACGAGCUGCAGGAGAACGCCAGAGAGACAGAGAUGGAGCUGAGGGAGCAGCUGGACCUGAGCGGAGCCAAGGUCAGAGAGGCUGAGAAGAAGGUGGAGGCUGCUCAGGAGACGGUGGCUGAUUACCAGCAGACCAUCAGCAAAUACAGGGAGCUCACUGGCUCCCUCCAGGAGGCCAACCGGGAGCUGAUCAGUCAGCAGAGCGCUAACGCAGAUCAGCCUCAACAGCCGGUGGCGGAGCUGUUUGACUUCAAGAUCAAGUUUGCCGAGACUAAAGCGUACGCCAAGGCUAUAGAGAUGGAGCUGAGGAAGAUGGAGGUGGCUCAAGCUAACAGACAGGUGGCGCUGCUCACCUCCUUCAUGCCGGACUCCUUCCUCCGCCACGGCGGUGACCACGACUGCAUCCUGGUGCUGCUGCUCAUCCCCAGGCUCAUCUGCAAGGCCGAGCUGAUCAGUAAGCAAGCCCACGAGAAGUUUGACCUGAACGGGAAUCUGGUGCAGGGAACGGCGCUCAGAGGACCUCCAGGCGAACAGCGCAGCUUUGCCUCAGGGCUGGUCUACUCCCUCAGCCUGCUGCAGGCCACCCUGCACAAAUAUGAGCAGGCACUGAACACCUGCAGCGUGGAGGUUUUCAAACGCAUGGGAACGCUUUACUCUGAAAUGAGCUUCCACGAACGCUCCCUGGAUUACUUCAUUGACCUGCUGCAUAAAGACCAGCUGGAUGAGACGGUUCAGGUGGAACCGUUGACCAAGGCAAUCAAAUACUAUCAGCAACUGUACAGCGUCCAUUUAGCCGAUCAGACGGAGGACUGUACGAUGCAGCUGGCCGACCACAUCAAGUUUACCCAGAGUGCCCUGGACUGCAUGGGCGUGGAGGUGGUUCGUCUGCGGGCGUUCCUGUCUGCAGGACAGGAGAGCUCCGGACUUUCUAUCCUCCUCAAGGACCUGGACACUUCCUGCUCUGACAUCAGACAGUUCUGUAAGAAGAUUCGCCGUCGUAUGCCAGGAACGGAUGUGGCUGGCGUCCCUACCGCUCUCAGCUUUGACGCACCGGUGUCUGAGGCGCUGACAGAGUGCAGGAGGCAGCUGACCCGUGUGGUCGCUGUGCUGCAGGAAGUGGCUGCAGCUGGAGCUCAGAUGGUUCCUUCACUGGGAGAACAGGAAGGUCUCAAUGCUCUCAAACUGGAGGACAUCGUCUGCAAAGUUGUGGAGCAGGUCUAUGGCUCUCACAGCAUGGAUGGUCCAGAGCUUCUGCGACAGUCCUGCAGCUCUGUCAUUGCCACCAUGAACAAGAUGGCUACGGUCAUGCAGGAAGGAGAGUAUGAUGCUGAGAAACCACCAAGAAAGACCCCUCCUGUGGAGAUGAGAGCGUCCACCGUCAGGGCUGAGAUGACAGAUGCUGAAGGUCUGGGGGUCAAACUAGAAGACAGAGAAACGGUCAUCAAAGAGGUCAAGAGGUCCCUCAAGAUUAAGGGGGAGGAGCUCAGUGAGGCCCAUGUCCGCCUGAGUCUUCUGGAGAAGAAGCUGGACACCUCCACUAAAGAUGCAGAUGAACGAGUGGAGAAGAUUCAAACCAAGCUGGAUGAGAGCCUUGCCCAGCUCAAGAAGAAGGAAAAGGAGUUUGAGGAGACGAUGGAUGCUCUGCAGGCCGACAUCGACCAGCUGGAGGCAGAGAAGUCGGAGCUCAAACAGCGCAUCCAUAAUCAGUCAAAGAUGACGAUCGAAGGUCUGAGAGGUCCACCUGCCUCAGGGAUUGCCUCCAUGGUUCAGGGAUCUACGGGUGGUCUGUCUCCAACCCUGGCAGGACCAACUCAGGUGGUAGACUCUCCUCUCCUCAGGCAACAGGUUGAAGUCCAGAGACUAGGUAUCAAAUACCUCAAGAAUGAAAACAACAGACUCAAGACGGAGAAGCUCAGGGCUCAGCUCGCCUCCCUGCCCCCACUCUGCCCUCCUAAACUCCCACUAGCCUCUAGAGAAAGCUCCUCACCUCCAGAGGGACUCAACACGGGCAUCUACCGUAGGACGGACCAGCUGCUAGCCACUCUGCUCAAGCUGAGUUCAGAGGUCAAAGUGGUGGACGUUUCUGGAAAAUCAGCAGUGAGCGCCAGCGCCCAGCUGCUGGAGCAGACUGCUCGGCUGAAGAGUCUCAGUGAUGCUCUGGACAAACUCAAGGGUGAGGUAGCAGAGCACGUGGUGUCAUACCAGCCUGGAGCAAAGGUGUCCUCAGACUUCGCCACAUUCCCAGUGUCCUCCUUCAUUAAGGCUAAGGACGAAAAACAAGGAGGAACCGUAUUUGUGGGUCGUGUAGCCAUUCCAUGUGUCCGUGGUCAAGAACAGGUCCACCGUCUGGUUCUGUCCCGGCAGCAGCUGCAGCAGGUCCACAGUCUCCUCAUGGUCUGAGGACCAGAAGAGUCUUCCCCAUUUCAACAAUCUUCUGAUCACUUUAAUCUCAGGAAACUGUCCUGUUGUCUCAGCACUAAUCCUUCGGUCUUUGAAGUUUAACACAUUUUUAGUCACAUUAGAUGUUUUCUGUCAUAUUUGCACCAACUGACUUUAUAAAACAAACUGCGUGUCAUCUGUCAGACAUGAAAACCUGUUUGUAUGUUUUCAGACAAUAAAAGUUCACUUAA